AUGAAGUCGGUCGGGGUUUUGCUGGUGCUGGCGGUCAUGCUCCGGUCUGGUAGUUGCCUGGAUUCGAUCACUAAAGUGCGAACCGCCGAAAGGCUGGCGGACAGCUUGGACAUCCUGCAGGAGGAUUCGCAGAUUGAGUCGCUUGCUCCGGUGUCGGAGCACUCGGAACUGUUCGAAAUGGCCAAGCGUUUGGCGCUGAAGAAGCAAUCGCUGGAAGGUCGCGCAGCAGCAGAAACGCUGAUUCCGGAAGAGCACCUCAACAACAUGGAUCGGUUGGAGGACAACAGUGAGGAGUUUAUGGACCUCUCGAUCGACAUUGCGUACUCGGCCAUCUACCUACUGCGAAACUAUACAAUGUUUGUGCAUAACGCUAGAAAUAAGUUUAUCGUUGUUUUCGAGUGA